AUGGAGCUGCCACCCUUUGACAUGUGGAAGGACUACUUCAACCUGAGUCAGGUGGUGCUGGCGCUGAUCCAGAGUCGAAGCCAAAGGCUGGAGGUCAUGGAGAUGGAGGAGCCCAGACCCUUGCCCCAGCUGAGGCAGGAUCAAGGGCCGGGGGCCACGGGGGGCCUGACCACCCUUUGCAACUUCUGCAAACACAAUGGGGAGUCCCGCCAUGUCUACUCCUCACACCAGCUGAAGACCCCAGAGGGUGUGGUGUUGUGUCCCAUCCUGAGACACUAUGUGUGUCCCCUGUGUGGGGCCACGGGGGACCAGGCCCACACCCUCAAGUACUGUCCAUUGAAUGGCAGCCAGCAGUCUUUGUACCGUCGAAGUGGACGCAAUUCGGCUGGCCGCAAGGUCAAACGCUGA